UCCCGACCCCCAAAAACCCUGCAAAGAUUUUCCUGAUUAAUCCCAAUACGAUAGCAGCUCAAAUUCUUCCUUCUGAAAUCAUGGAAAUCAUCUCCAAUUUCAGACCGUCUCCUCUUCUUCAAAGACCUCAUGACUUCUCUUUCUCAUCUUCCAUUUCACCAUUUCCCCUCCUCCAAACCAAUCUCAAAUACCACUUAAACCCAUCUCCCCCAAACCUCCAAAUUAUCGCCGUAACAGCAGCAGAAGCCAUUGAACCACCACCAUCAGAAGAAGAAUUACCCAGAAACAGUCCCCAAAGACUACUCAGAGAGCUCGCAGAAAGAAAAAAAUACGUCUCUCCCAAAAAGAAAAUACCUCCCAAGAGAUUUAUCCUCCGCCCGCCACUCGACGACGCAAGAUUAGCCGAAAGGUUUCUCAACAGCCCACAACUAUCCUUAAAGUCAUUCCCUUUACUCAGCUCUUGUCUUCCUCCUUCGAGGCUUAACAACAACGACACAACAUGGAUCGAUGAAUACAUCUUGGAGGCCAAACAAGCACUUGGGUACCCGUUAGAACCGUCAGAUAACUUCGGCGAUGAUAACCCGGCUAAGCAUUUCGACACUCUCCUUUACUUGGCAUUUCAGCAUCCGUCUUGUGACAGGACUAAGACAAGACAUGUGAGAAUGGGUCAUUCAAGGUUAGCCUUUUUAGGUCAGUAUGUACUGGAAUUGGCCAUGGCUGAAUUCUUCUUGCAGAGGUAUCCGAGGGAAUCACCCGGUCCGAUGAGAGAAAGAGUGUAUGCUUUAAUUGGGAAGAGGUUUCUUCCCAAAUGGAUUAAAGCUGCAAGCCUUCAAAACUUGGUGUUUCCUUUUGAUGAUAUUGAUAGGAUGGUUAGGAAGGAACGCGAACCGCCUGUUAAAUCUGUUUUCUGGGCAUUGUUUGGGGCAAUUUAUCUUUGCUUCGGUUUCCCAGAAGUGUAUAGAGUUCUAUUUGAAGUGUUUGGAUUGGAUCCAGAAGCAGAAGAUUGUCAGCCUAAGUUGAGGAGACAACUGGAAGAUGUGGAUUUUGUAUCCACCGAAUUUGAAGAAAGAAAGCUCACAUGGCAAGACAUUGCUUCAUACAAGGCACCGGAAGAUGCUUUGUUUGCGCAUCCGAGGCUUUUCAGGGCAUGUGUUCCACCUGGAAUUCAUCGUUUCCGAGGAAAUAUAUGGGAUUAUGAAAACAGACCACGAGUUAUGCAGACAUUGGGAUAUCCCUUAAGAAUGGCUGACAGAAUUCCAGAAAUUACUGAAGCCAGGAACAUAGAACUUGGACUUGGCCUGCAGCUAUGUUUCUUGCACCCAUCAAAAUACAAGUUUGAUCAUCCCCGUUUUUGCUACGAGCGGUUGGAAUACCUCGGCCAAAAGAUUCAGGAUCUGGUGAUGGCAGAGAGAUUACUUAUGAAGCAUUUGGAUGCACCUGGGAGAUGGUUAGCAGAGAAACAUCGAAGAACUUUGAUGAACAAGUUUUGCGGAAAGUACCUUAGAGAAAAAUAUCUUCAUCGAUGUAUUGUAUUAAACGACGAGGUUCAAGACGCAUAUGAGCACAACCGGCGGCUCAGAAACCCUGCCACCACUGCUGUUCAACAAGCCAUUCACGGCCUUGCAUAUGUUGUUUAUGGGAAGCCCGAUGUUAGGCGAAUGAUGUUUGAAGUUUUCGAUUUUGAGCAGACUCAACCCAAGGCUUUUGUAUGAUAAAUCAAUAGAUAGACCCUGCAGAUUUUGUUAGAUCCAGUUUAUUUGACCGAUGUGAUUGUGUUUCGACGAGAAACAUGAAAUGGUGAAACACUGAGUCACAAUUGUUGUUUUGAAGAUUUUGCUUCUUGCUACAAGGACAGGAUUAUAAACCAUGUAUAUACAUCUAUAUUAUCAUUGAAAUAUUUUAAUACGGUUCCUAACAAGGAAGAAGUUGAGAAUAUUUUUUU